UUGUUCAAGUCAUUCAAAUUUGUGUAGUGAUCAACAACGGACGAAACCAAGCGUUGUUUUGUUUUAAUCAAACCCAUCAAUAAAUAACUUAACAUGCCGCACAGCCUUACUUUAAGUGAAGAACAAAAAACAUUUUAUGAUCGCAACGGGUACAUCGUUAUAAGGGGAUUGAUCGAGUUACCUUUACUAGAGGCCUACAAGAAAAGGUUUUCGGAAUUGUGUCACAAAAGCCAGUUGAGUGCUACAAUAAUAAAGGAAUACUCUCUGGUCGGAAAAAAGCAAAACCCUGAAGACUAUAUUUAUAAGAUCCAGGACAUCCUGUUCGACCCAGUGUACAUGACAUACAGCGAACACCCAGACGUCCUGAACGUGGUGUCGCAGCUUAUCGGAGACCAGCUCACCGCUGUCAACCUGAUGCUCAUCAACAAGCCACCGGAGACCACGAGACAUCCUACUCAUCAAGAUCUGUUCUACUUCCCGUUCCGUCCUGCGGAGAAGAUUAUAGGCGUGUGGACAGCGGUGGACGCGGCCACCGUGCAAAACGGAUGCCUGUUCGUGGUACCAGGCUCUCAUAAAUGCAACCAGCUGCUUAAACAUGGAACAUUUAAAGAUUCAAAGAAGUUCUUCCAUUGCCUUGAAGACGAGGACAACUUGGCCCCGGCGCAGAAGCGAAUGAAUCUCGAGAUGCAGCCCGGGGAUACCGUGUUCUUCCACCCUUACUUGUUCCAUGGGUCAGGUCCUAAUUUGUCUGAAAGUUACCGCAAGGCGUUGACGAUCCAUUACGCGCACAACGCCUGCUACUACAUAGACCUGCGCGGCACCGUGCAGGAACAGCUGGCGGCCGACUUCGACGAGGAGAUGAGAAGACGAGGACACGAGAGCGUGACAUUUGUGGAUCUCUGGAAGUUAAAAAGCAAAGAUCUCGGGAAAAUAAAAAGCCAUUUAUAAGGAUAAAGUUGUAAAAGAUUAUUGCGCGCAUAAAGAAAUGUAUUGAACAAAAUUAAAACGUUUCAUGUAAUAUUCUUUGAAUUAAAUAUAUAUUUUUUAAUAAAUACAUUUUUAAAAUUCACACAUAUUUGAUCUUUGAGAGUAUUAUUUUCUUCUUAUUAUUUAUAAUUCUUUUAAAACCUCUGAUUUUCAGACUGCCACACAGACGCGCCGGAAGACUUUAUUUAUAAUAAGUUAUGAUGUACUUAAUAGGGUGAUUUGAAUGAUUUCUUUUUCAAUAAAGCAAUGUCCCACUGUGGUCCUA